AUGCCAACAGUUAGAAUAGGACCAGAUUAUUACAACCUCGAAAAGUACGCCGUCAACGACGAUAAGAAGCCUUUUUUCGUCAAUUCAUCUCAUUUCACAGGCUAUGUAACAGUCCGUCUUCAAAACCACAACUGUAAGGGUGACCCGGAUGUUAUUAAAACAUCGCCAUACUUUGAGAAUCGUCGAAGGUUCUUUUCUUUCCAGUUUCAGGGACGUUUCAAACCGUCAAAUACUCGUCGUGACGACGGUUUGUGGAGUUAUGAUGACGUCCUAUUUUGUGCAGAGACCGAGAAUGCCGUUAAUCCUCCAACGGGCUCAUCGCUUGCCGUAAAAUUUGCGAGAUAUAUUGAUCCUGGUUUUACGGCAGAAGGAAUGUUUUUGCAGAAACGUCCUUGGGCUGGAAGUUGGCUUGUUUGCGGAAUGAAUGUAAUAAACGCUUGGCAAGCUGAGCUUGACGAGAAGCUAGGAACGACGAGAGUUGACGUGGACUGUUCUCAAUACGGAUUCAUACAAAAUGAGGACACUGUAGUUCCAGAAAACGUGAGUCUUCAACAGUCGGAAAGGACAGAAAAUCCUUUAUUACCCAUAGGUCCAUGGGUAUAUUAUGGCCGUCAUCAUCUCGAAGAAGAUGCUAAACUGGUUCUUCCUGAAAAACCAAAUAUCAGUUCAACCGGGAUAGCGGUUAACGCACUCGGCCAUGCUGAUCAAGAGCUAGCUCAUGUGUUAUACGAUCAAGCGCUUAAACUCAUACAUAGUAGCAAUUUAUUUCAUAAUCAACAAUCGGGAGAACUAGCAGAAUUGCUAGUAAACUCGACAAGAGAAAGCGGAGGAUUUGAUGCUGCCAAAGUAUUUUUUUCGAAUUCCGGCACUGAAGCUAACGAAGGCGCUAUUAAAUUUGCCCGCAAAUGGGGUAAACAUGUUGCUAAACCUGGACAAGACAAGUAUGGCCUUGUAUCGUUUUUAAACAGUUUCCAUGGUCGAUCUAUGGGUGCCUUAUCCGUUACACCACAGCCAAAAUAUCAGGCUCCGUUCGCCCCAAUGGUCCCUGGAUGUACCUAUGCACCAUUUAAUGACGUUGAGAAAGUUCGAGAGUUUAUUAACGAAGGAACCUGUGGUGUAAUUGUCGAGCCUGUACAAGGAGAGGGGGGUAUUUAUGAGGCCAGUUUUGAAUUUUUGAGUGCGUUGAGGAGCAGAUGUGAUGAAGUCGGAGCUCUAUUAAUUUAUGAUGAGAUCCAGUGCGGUCUCGGUCGUACUGGUAAACUUUGGGCCCACGGACAUUAUCCUAAAACCUGUCAUCCAGACAUAGUAACAAUGGCCAAACCACUUGCUAAUGGCAUUCCAAUUGGAGCAAUAAUGGCCACUAGCCGUAUAGCCGACGUAAUAGGCAUUGGUGACCAUGGGACAACUUUCGGUGGUAACCCUCUUGCCUGCCGUGCUGCCAUCUCUGUCGUCUCUCGACUCAAAUCGCCUGCUCUCCUUUCUAACGUCAUUGAUGUUGGCAACUAUAUCAAAUCUCGUUUGGAAUCUUUUGUUCAGAAAUACCCUAAAAUGGCUGCCGAAGUCAGAGGAAAAGGUUUAAUUCUCGGAUUACAACUAAAUGCUGAUCCGUCUCCGUUGUUGCAAUUAGCUCGCGAUCGAGGUCUGCUGGUAAUUACUGCGGGAAAGAAUGUCGUUAGACUAGUACCGCCGCUAAUUUUGAAGAAAGAGGAAGCGAAAGAAGGAAUGGAUAUUUUGGAAGCAGCAUUAGAUGAAUUUGUACAGACAAAUGCAUGA